CCGAGCGCAUGUAAUUAAUGUCUGCCUGCAUGCGUGAGAGAGAAAGAGAGUCGCAUAUGUGCAUCAUGCGUGAUAGAGAUUUCUGCAAGAGAUUCCUGUCACCCGCCUCUGGCGAUUAGGGUUCGGCCGAGCCGUCGCCCCUCUCCGCCACCCCUCGACGCCGCCCUCCCCACGGGAUCACGUAGGCGGUUGGGAUCGAGACGGGUUCCAGCAAUAUGAUGGAACGUGUGCAUACGGACCAUUUGGUGGGGUGCAAGGUUCUGCUAAAGACUCCGUCAGGUUUCGCAAUUUUUGAUGUUGAAAAGUUUGCACUCAAAGAAGAUAAGAAUAUCUGGUUGUACUUUGCUGAUUCACGUGUAGCAUCUGAAGUUCUCUUUGCCCUUGGCUUCAUAAAAGUUGAUCACAAAUCAGCUUGGGAUGGUGAUGCUGGUCCUGGCAAGGGUCUGAGCCAGCUUAUUCAAAAGUUCUGCAAAAGUGGAGAGGAAUUAUAUGUCCAAGAUGCUGAGCUUAAAGCAUCCAUUGAGAAAAAACUUGAUGUCAUAUGUAUAUGUGACGGGAACACUGUUGGUGAGCUGAUGUGGGGAGUUAAGAAUGUGCUGCAUGAAUUUAUUCGCCAAGAAAAGGACAAUAUAACGACCGAGUAUUGUCUUCCAUUGAGCAAGGAAUUGCUAAAGGCCUUAAAGUAUUAUUUAGUAAAUAUCCCAACAAGAAUGCUUGAUAGAUCCUUUAUAUCAAAAUUUGGUUUGUUGUGCUAUCUUGAUAUGAAUUUGAAGGCUGUUGCAAAUGACUUGCGGGAAUGCUACGAUAAGUAUGUUGGCAUUGGUGAAAGUAUUAAAGAUGACUUGAGCUAUGCAAAAUUGCUUUCAAUGGCUCUUGUUCCAGCGUUUGUGAAAAAAUAUGGUUUCUCUAAGACUUUAUCACCUGAAUCAGCAUUGAUGUUAGAGCAGGCUAAAAAAAUUGCAGCUGAACUUCAAGUUGAUUUUACUUUGUAUGACAUAAAAAAUAUAAUGAGAUCCCUUGAAUACCUUUUGAAAGCUCCUAGAGCAAGAGACAAGAUUCUGAUGCUUGUCAAGUAUAUGGAAGCAUCACGUUUCAGAUCAGAAAUCUCAUGGAUGAUAUAUGAGAUGAGUGUUGCAAAUGGCGAUGAGAUAACUAAGCCUGAUGAAAGUUAUGUAGGGGGCCGUGUGGAUUUGGAGCGUUUGAAGUUUAGGAAGACGCUGCUUGAGACUCCCUCGGGUUUCGCCAUAUUUAAUGUUCGCGAGUCUGUGUAUAAAUAUCCUGAGCGUGUAUGGACAUAUUUUUCGGAUACACGUGAUGCACGCAAUUUUGUGUUCGCCCUUGGUUUCGUAAAGGUUGAUCACAAGUCUGUUGCCUGGAACAAUGUUACUGAUCCUGGCGACAAACUGAGACAACUCAUUCUAAGAUUCUGCAAGGAUGAGGAAUUGGUCGUUCAAAACACUGAGCUUAAAGAUCUUAUUCAGUCAAAACUGGACGUCAAAUGUUCGACUGAUGAGGAAGUUGUGGGUGAUUUGAUGUGGGGACUAAAGUAUCUCCUGGGUGAUUUUAUAGUUGAAGAGAUUGACAAGCUGACAGAUGAGUAUUAUCUUCCAUUGAGCAAGGGACUGCAAAGGGACAUAGAAGUGUAUGGAAUCAAUGUCUCACCAAGAAAAAAGAUUGAUAAGAACUUUAUAUUCACGUUUGGUCACGUGGUCAAUCUGGACAUAAAAUCAAAGACUAUUUCCAAGGCUUUGCGCGAUAAAUUUGAUCAUCAUGUUUCUGGGAUUGGUGAAUCAAUUAAAGACGACUUGCUCUAUGCCAGAGUGAUUGCAAAAAUUCUUGUUCCUGAGGCCAGACAUGAAUUUGAUUUCUCUAAGGUUGCAGGUGAUUUGCCAUCAAAGAUAAUUUAUGCACAUGAUGAUGCAGGAGAAACUAUUGCAAAGCAUGACCAACAAGAAAUUCUUAGAUCCCGUGAUCGUCUUUUAGAUUUUUGUGAACAGAAAAGGCGUGCUAUGGAGUAUCUCAGGCUUUGGGAAGACAGUUGAACUGAAGAUGAAGUUGCUGUAAAGGGGACAGCUGCUGUGCGUAGUGAAGAUGACAGAGUUGACAGGGUGUUUUGAACGACCUUCUUUUCUCGUUCCCGCCUCGUCCUCUUCUGCCUGUUCAUCGAUAGCUCGACAGGGUGUUCACGUGCUGCAUGCCAAGGAAAGCAUGGCCGGGUUGUUUUGUCACAAAAGAAAAAAGCAUGGCCACAAGAAUUUGCACAACAAAUUCAUAUAUAACUUGGGAAAAAAGGAGAAAGAAGUGGAAAAUAACAAAAGAAAAAAUGGAUAAAAAUGUAACAUACGCUCUACAUUUUUUAUGACCAAAGAAAAUCCGUUCCAUA